AUGCCUGGUUUCAAAUGUAGGAUCUCGAGUUCGGACGGAUCUCGUUCGGUGAUGGUGGUGGGCGACGACGGUCGUAGGCGCGAGCCUCUCAGCUGGGCGGGGCGGGCGGUCGCGGGGCUCUUGGUCAGUCCCCUGUCGCGGUCACCGUUGUCCAGCUCCACGGGCUAUUGUAGCUCUUCUGGCUGGAAUAAGGAAUUAUAUUAUUAA